CUUAAUGUUUUGAUUUGAGUUCGAUAGCUGUCAAAAAAGAGAUUCGAUUUUCGAUUGAGAAUUGAAAGUACAAAGUAAUGAGAAUUUUCUUUAUUGGAUAUUAGAUCAUGGGAUGCAUAGGCUUUAUGUUAGAGUGUUUUUUUCAAUUUAUUAUCGAAUGACAUAGUAAUGGUCAAUGUUUUUUGUCUUUCUGGUAGAAUGAAAAAAUAUCCAUUGAUAAACCAAAUGUUUAGAGGCAUGUAGAAGUUGAAUAUAUUGUUGUUUGGAGAUUUUUUCAAUAUUUUAAGGCAAAAUGUCGAGUUGUGGAUGUGGUACUAUUGAUAUAUCUGACAAAAAAUUAAGUGUUACGCCAAAAGCAAGCCCUUCUAGCAGUCCCAGACCUUCACCAAAGUCAGGGAUUCCUAAGGAAUCUUCAAGUCCUCUUCCAAAAGAGCAAGCUUGUGGUUUCACAGAUGAUCCAGUAGUUAUUGGUUUGGAUGGAACGCCUCCUAAUACGGACUCUGUCACACAGGAAGUAAUUAAAAGCGAUGGCAAUCAAACAGUGAGUACAAAAGAAAAGAAGAAGAAAAAGUCAUCAUGGUUCAACGCCUUUUACCCCACGUACAAAUCGAGAUCCGAAGACUUUAAAAGGAUAUUCAAAGAGGUACCGGACGACGAACGUCUGUUGGUGGAUUACUCAUGUGCCGUGCAAAAAGAAAUACUGGUGCAUGGACGUCUUUACGUAACGCAAAAUUACCUAUGUUUUUACGCAAACAUUUUCGGCUGGGAAACGAACAUCGUGUUGAAAUGGAAGAACGUAACCGCCAUCACGAAAGAGAAGACCGCAAUCGUAAUACCGAAUGCCAUACUGAUUUCUACCAAUUCCGACAAGUACUUCUUUACCAGCUUCGUUGCCAGGGACAAGGUGUAUCUGAUGCUAUUCAGAGUAUGGCAGAAUGCCUUGAUGGACCGUCAGAUGACCAACAAGGAGAUGUGGCAAUGGGUACACCAAUCUUACGGUGCUGAGCUCGGUUUGACCAGCGACGACGAGGAUUACAUUGCUCCAGACACUGAAGAGAUGAAGACCACCAAAUCUUCUUCCGAAUCGUUUUUAGAGGGUAAUAUUUCACCAGACAACUAUAAUAACUCGAAAAAUACAGUAGCGGAAGGAACGAAAAAUGGUAGCAACAAGAAUAAUAGUACAAAUUCUAAAAAAAGUACAGAAGCACAAGAUUCCACCGAAGACUCUGAAUUUUCCGACUUGGACAUUCCAGCUGAAUGUGAUAUUCAAGAUACGUCUUGCACUUGUACGCACGAGGGUCGCCAGAUACUCAACGAAAUACUGCCAAUUAACGUGGAUCAAUUAUUCACCUUACUCUUUACAAGUUCCAAAUUCUAUUUAGACUUCCACGCGUCCCGAAAAACGACCGAUCUCGUACAAACUCCCUGGGCUGCUGAACCCAAAGACAAUACUAAGAUAAGGAAAGUCAACCAGACAGUCAAUCUUACACAGGCUAUUGGUCCAAAAACUUCCCAAGUCAGCGAAACUCAGACAAUGCUGCAAUGUAGCAAGCCUGGCUUUCUUUACUCAAUAAACUCGGAAAGUAUAAGCGGAGGAGUACCAUAUGGCGACAGUUUUGUCAUACUGGUGCACUAUUGCCUGAAAAAAGUGUCUGAUAAACAAUCUUGCUUGAGUGUUUAUGCCCAAGUCAAAUUCAAGAAAUCGGUUUGGGGCCUUGUCAAAGGUAUGAUUGAGAAAAACUGCUGGUCAGGAUUAGAGGAUUAUUUCGCCCAUUUACUAAGAUCCCUUAAAACAGAAUCUGAAGAAUUGAUACCGGAUGUUAAGAGAAAAGUGAAGAGAAAAAGGAAAUUACAUACAGCCCCUAGAUCAACCACACCGGUCUGUUCAUCGGAUUCUUCCAUACAUACCAACACGGUUCCAACGAGUUUGGUGACCCUCGAGAAGCCCACUCUCUUCAUUUUUCUGUUAAUCUUCCUCUUAUUCAUCCUGAAUGUUUUCCUGCUUCUCAAACUUUGGUCUUUGGAAGGAGAGAAACCAUCCAGUUAUCUGUUCGAUAUUCAAUAUAUGAAAGAUCCGCCUACCACCAAAGAAGAAUGGCUCACUUUGCUGAAGAAACAAGAUAAUAUACAUACUGAAGAGGUCAAAAGAUGGCAAGGUAUCUUAGGAGAAGCUAUAGAAUCAUUGAAAAAGACCAACAACAUAUUAUCCACGCUUCAAACAACAACAGAUGCAAAAUCAGCAGGGAAUGUUGUAACUGGAGAUACCUCAACAAGUACCGAAUCAAUAAAGAACAUCGAAUUGUAAUAGCAAAACAAUGUUAUUGGUUAUUUGAUUUCCAUCAAGGAAUAUCUAUUAUAUAGAUCAAAAUACUUGAGAGGCGCUUUCAAGGAUCCAAGUAUUCUCUCAUCCAUAGGACUGUGAAUAUCUUAUUCCAUUAGUACAAAGACAUUCUGAAGAAAUUUGAUAAAAUCGGUGAUUGGGAUAUCAAAUUAUUUUCUCAAUAGUUGCUCUUUUCACAUUCCCGUAUUUUCUAAGGAGGUUAUCAUAAAUAUUUCGGCCUAUUAUUGAUCUAACUGGUAGAUUGAAUUUUAUUCAUACAGUAGACAAAUAUUACUGGAUAUUCUAGAAUUUUGUUCGUUCUCAUUUAUCUGAAUAAUUACAAAGUAUUUUCGAAAAUAUUUUGAUAAUUAUUUAGGAUUUCAGAGACAUUAAUUUUCCAUCUGAGAAUGUCUAACCAACUGUAACACAAAAGUUCCUGUUCAUUAUUCCAAGAUUUAUUCUUUUGGUGAAUUAUUUCUUUUAUAUAAUUCUUUUUUAUUAUAUUUCUGAAGGAAUAUCAAAGUAGAUAGAUUUCACUUCGAAUUGCCCUUGUUUUGUCUUGAAUUACAAAAGCAGUUUGUUUGUUGCGGAUUUAUUGUUUCUUCUCAGAAAUUCCAAUGUGAUAAUAAUGAGUGUUGACGUUUUUUAUGUGAUCAUUUUAUUGAUGGAGUUUAUUAUUGGUUUUAAAUGUUACGAAGAUUGUUUUUUCUCUCAGAUAGUAUUAUAUUUUAUCGAAAUGAGCCGAAUUUCUUGUCGAGUGAUUGAAUUGUUGUGUAUAUUUUAUUGAAAAUACAUCUGUCAAAUACG